AUGCCAUUAAGAGCAAAGAUAUUAAACCAAGGAGUUGCAGGACGAGCACAAAUGUCCACAAGUCCUAUUAGCGCAGUCCCUAAGGAGCUAGAUACGGACGAACCCCGCGAUGUCCUCUUCAACAAUUUAUAUGGUCUACGGACCGUCGAGCUUAACCGACCUGAUAAGCUUAAUGCCCUCAACGCCUCAAUGAUCCGAAAGAUAUUCCCCCGACUAGUCGAGUGGGAAAAGUCGGAUAUGGCAAAUGUAAUUGUUGUGAAGGGUGCUGGCGAAAAGGCGUUUUGUGCGGGGGGCGAUGUGACAGCAUUGGCAAUACAGAACAGAGAAGGACCAGAAGGCCAACGCAAAUCAAUGGACUACUUUGCUCUGGAAUAUCAAUUGGACCACUAUAUCGCAACCUACCAAAAACCAUAUGUCGCAUUUAUGGACGGUAUUACUAUGGGUGGUGGUGUAGGACUUAGCAUUCACGCCCCAUUCCGAAUUGCGACCGAGAGGACCGUAUUCGCCAUGCCGGAAACCACGAUAGGAUUUUUCCCUGACGUUGGUGCUUCAUUCUUCCUGCCAAGAAUGGCGGGGUCUGUGGGCACAUACUUGGCCCUUACAAGCGAUCGAUUAACAGGGGCAAAUGUGUUCUAUUCUGGGGUUGCGACGCACUACUUACACUCGACGAGUUUGCCGGGCUUGGAGUCGCGGUUGGCUGAAUUGCGUUUUAGUGAUCUUGCCGACAUACAUGAACGUCUGUCGAUUAUCGAGAUGACCAUCGAGGAAUAUGCGACGGGUUUACCGCAUGGAGACCCAAUCCUACUGGGAGGCGAACUUCGGAAAGCUAUUGAUCGAUGUUUCCGCCACAAUAAGGUCGAGGACAUAAUAGCCUCCCUCAAGAAAGAAGAAGGUUCCACGAAAGAAUGGGCUGAGAAGACGCUAAACACUCUACAUCAGCGAUCGCCAACAUCUGUUCACGUGGCCCUUAGGCAGAUGCGGGUAGGGCGCGAAUGGUCUAUUGCCGAGACAUUUGAUAGGGAAUACCAAAUCGCGUCCAAAUUCAUGGCUCAUCCUGAUUUUACAGAGGGGGUUACAUCACUACUAAUUUCAAAAGAUAAACCGAAACCGAAACCGAAGUGGCAGCCCGCUAGCUUAGAGGAUAUUCAACCAGGUAGCAACGUUGCCGAAUCGUUCUUCCCGCUGUCUGGCUCGCCUCCAAAGUUGAAAUUGGUGACCGAUAGGGAUUUCAACGAAUACCCUUACGAGACGUUUGGUGUACCUACAGAGGCAGAGGUCAAAGCUCUUGUGGACGAGGGCCGGUACAAGCGUCGUGAAAUCCUUGAGGCAUUAGUGCAGAGACGGAGGGGUCGACAAGGCAUUAGCAAGAUUGUGGGUGAGAUCCUAGCUAGGAAGACCGCCAUCAACGAAGAUGGCUUGGCGGAAUGGAUAUAUGAAUAA